AUGUUGAUCCAAGUCCUCCUUGUGCCCGUGGCUUUUGCCCUCACUCUCUACAACGGCAAAGACACGUCGACCCAGCUUCCCACCGUGUCCGCAACCCUCGGUGUUCCGCCGCCAGUGUACACCGGCUUGGCAGCAUAUGACCCGUUGAUACUCAUACCGCCGCCACCCCCACAGCCGCCUACGACUGAGGUCAAAAUCGGCAUCCCGGUCAGCCCGAACACGCAAGGCUACCCACUGAGCAAGACGCAGCGUGGCAACUUUCUCGGCUUCUCCAUCGAACUCAGUAUAGUUCCAGCCAUCAUGGGAGUGUCGCCGACGCGUCUCAAGCCAGUCUUCCUCAACUACAUGGCCAACGUCCGCAACCGUGCAGGAGCAGGUCCCGUCAUCCGUGUCGGCGGCAAUACACAGGAGAAGAGCACACUGUUCGUCAACGGGUUGCCAGAAGGCGGCAUCUUGCAGAAGAUAAAGGAGGCCCUGUCCCUCAGCCCUACCAACACGCCAAUCAUCUCGUACUCGCUCGACCUGCUCUACCUACUUUCCAAUGUCUCAUCCCUCGUCGACGCCCAGUGGUACUUUGGGCUCUCAUUCAACCAGACUGCGGUCGCGGCGGGUUCUAUCAACAUGCCUCUAGCGGCGGGAUAUGCCCAAAAGAUCCUAGGGCCCCACCUCCGCGGACUUGCGGUCGGCAACGAGCCCGACCUAUACACUAGACACCAAAAGCGUCCGGGGAACUGGGGCUUGGGCGACUACGUCAACGAAUUCAACAAUGCGCGCGAGAUGAUCAUGUCCAACCCCGACGUCACGAACCGGCAAAGUCUCAUUGGCCCAAGCGUGUGCUGCCGCGUCCCCGGCUUCGAAGUCACCGACGUUCUCUCCACCUCAUGGCUCACCGAUAAUAUCGACUACCUCGCUGCUGUGACUGUCCAGCGUUAUCCGACGAAUAAUUGCAAGAUAAAUGGUGCCAUUGUGAAUCCCCAGUCGGUGUUCCCCCUCUUCCUCAGGCACUCGCACGUGCAGGCCCUCACGGCCGAUUACCUCGCGGGCUCGGCGAUUGCACAGGCUAGAGGCAAGGAGAUGCUCAUGCUCGAGUUCAACACGGCGUCGUGUGGUGGUUUCCCCGGUCUCAGUGAUUCGUUUGGUGCGGCCAUGUGGGUCGCAGACUGGGCGUUCCAGCUGGCGUGGGCCAACUUUUCCACAGCCCUCAUGCACGUCGGUGGCCAGAACGUGUACUACAAUCCAUUCACCCCGCCACCCUUUAAUGCCAUAGGCAAGCAGUGGACCACAGGAUCCAUCUACUACUCCACGCUCGUCGUCGCCGAGGCCUUUGGACGCACCGCCACGGCCCAGGUCAUUGAUCUCCUCCCAGACGGGGGCGACGAGUUCCAUCCAACGUAUGUGGUGUACGAGAACGGCGCACCAUCGCGCGUUGUUCUCUUCAACUACGUCUCCGACCCCAGCGGUGCGUCGAUCUACAAUGCCGUCAUCUCUCUCUCCGACCUGGUCCGUAGUGCCUCGCCUCCUCCCGCUACUCCUCCAGCCACAGACGUUGCCCCCAGUACACCCGACGACACUGCUUCCGACCCCAACCAGGCCGCGGACCCUCCCCUCACUCCCCCUGCGGAUGCUGACCCCAACGCUGGUACCGAUCCUAACGCCGGCGCUGCCAACAACUCCCCCGGUACUCCCGACUCUAACGUGGCUCCCAACAAUGAGCCCGCCACUCCCCAACCUAACGCUGUGAACCCAAACCCUGCCGCUAGUGAUGCCCAACCACCGCCCGUCAAGCGCGCACAGCUCGGCAUCAGCAGCGUUUUUGUACGCUACCUCAGAGCACCUUCCGUUUCGGAGCAGUACAACAUUACAUGGGCUGGCCAGACACUCGGUUACUCGUUCGCCUCGGACGGAAGGCUGUAUGGCGAGGUCGAGACGCACGAGUUUGCCUGCACGAAUGGCGAGUGCGUUGUGCCUGUUCCCGCUCCGGCCAUUGCUAUCGUCUUCCUCAGCAAAGAGGCGCUGUACGAGUCGACGCCGGACCCCCAAGCCACGGCGACUUUCGCGACCACACGAGCGGCUGGCACCCAGAUAAUAGAUCUUGGGGCCGCGGUGACCACGGGAAAUGGCUACUUCCCCUUUAACCUGUACGGUGCCGGAACCCGCGCCGAAGUCCAGCUGGGCGUGGGAUUGCUGGCUCUCACGGCGGCAUGGAUGCUCUCCAAUGUGUAA